AUGUCGCAAGCAUUUCCAUAUGAAUAUCACAGAAAUUUUGUUUUACACAUCGAGGCAGUAGAAUAUCUUACACAACAAAAUAGUAAAGAACAUCCACAACCAACGCCUACCUCACAACACACAGCCGCAGAAAACAAGGAGGAAGACGAGAAAGGUCCGAUCUUGAUUAGGGUUUUUAAAUCCUGCAACAGAAACACAUCUGCUUUGCUUCAGUGUAUUUGGGUUUAUAAUUUGGUUGCAAUUGAACACAUUAACCAUUGA